AAUGAAUAAUCUGUAGGUUGCGCUGUUUCCCAGAACUAACUGUAGGCUUUAGCCAAGGAGAAGACAGAUGGUGACUACAAUGUACAACAAAUACCUUUAACGGAGGUCAGUCAAGCCAUAUCUCGUGAGACGGAUGAGAAAGAAAUUGAAAGCAGUGUUGACUUAUUGUGAAAAUGUAAAUUUCAGUGAGGAUAAUGUUGAGACAGCACAUGACUGUUGCAGAUUUCUUUAGGAAUAAUUUUUGAGGGGAUCCAAACACUGAAGCUCCUGUUGCCGAUUGACCCACAAAACAGCCCUGCCGCUGGCAGCAAGUAUCGUUGGUUCGUAGUUUGUUAGGGAGGCAAUGUGAGCAUUGUAUAUUGUAUAAUAAGCAAUCCAAAAGGCAAAGCUAGGAUAUGUGCUGUUAAUUUUAAAUCGCGCCGAGAUUGUAACAUUUACGGAACUUGGUCGUCGCAUUCGAUAUGUGCACAGCGCACAGGUUCAUGUUUGGUCUUUUUCUGGCAAGUCUGGCACUGACUGAGGUGAUAGAAUAUCGCGGGGACGGGUCGCUUACGAAGAGUAGUGCUGCCGAGGAUCGGAAAUUUCCAUGGCACGCAAUACGACUUCCCCAGACUCUUUUCCCUGUUAGCUACAAAAUCGAAUUGAAAACUGAUUUGAAACUAUUUCAGGUGAAGGGAAAUGUUAAAAUAUUAGUCACCUGCGCCAAGAGCACAGCAAAUGUAAUUCUUCAUUUGAAAGAAAUGAAUGUAUCUAAGACUGCAGUGUUUAUUGAAAAGAAUCAAGAAGUGCAGGAUGUUCCCGCAACAUGGAGGGAAGGUGUAGUUGAAGAAGAAGGAAUGAUUGGAAGAAGCAAAGACAGAAACACAGAUCGGCAGUUACCGGUUGUAGGAACGAUGAAGAACAAGACACUUGAAAUGUUUCUCAUUGAAGUCCAAGAAGACCUAACUCCACAACGAAACUACGAGAUCUACAUAGAAUUUGAAUAUCCACUAACGGAUAAACUUAUUGGGCUCUACAGAAGUUCUUAUAAAACGACAAGCGGCGAAAAAAGGUAUUUAGCCGCCACUUUAUUUGAGCCAACGUUUGCUCGCGAAGCUUUUCCAUGUUUUGACGAGCCUGCCAUGAAGGCGAAGUUCUCAGUCACCAUCAUCAGGGAAGGAAAAUAUACUGCGCUCUCCAAUAUGCCCAUCGUGAAAACGAUUAAAAUUGGAGAUGAUUUAUACGCGGACCAGUUCCAGGAAUCAGUGAGAAUGAGUACAUACUUGGUGGCAUUUUUAGUGAGCGACUUCGAUUACAAGGAAAAAACUACAACCUCUGGCAUAAAGGUUCGUGUUUGGACUCCACCGCCACAGAUCGCACAGGCAUCAUAUGCUUUGGAUAUCGCAACAGAGACACUUUCAAAUUAUGAGAAAUUCUUUCAGAUAAAUUUCCCUCUUCCCAAGCAAGAUCUUGUUGUCAUUCCUGACUUCUCAACGGGUGCCGAGGAAAACUGGGGACUUAUCGGUUUCACCAGUCCAAUGCUUCUUUUUGAUCCUGAAAAGACAUCAGACAACAUCAAACAAGGUGUCUGUGAGACUAUAACACAUGAACUGGCACAUCAGUGGUUUGGAAAUCUCGUGACCAUGAAAUGGUGGAAUGAUCUGUGGCUCAAUGAAGGCUUUGCUACAUACAUGGAGAACAUAGGAGCAAGUUAUGUUGAACCGCACUGGAACAUGACAAAUCAGUUUAUCAUCGAUAAACUUCAGGUGGCCCUCAGUGAAGACCAGUCCAGUUAUUCCCACCCUAUCUCAGUUGAUGUAAAAGAUCCCAAAGACAUCGACAACAUUUUUGAUGCUAUAUCAUACGAAAAGGGAGCCUCUGUGAUCCGGAUGUUGAAGUCUUUCAUUGGCUCUCAUCACUUUACUGCCGGUCUGCGGGCGUAUCUCCAAAAGUAUACGUACGGCAACGCCCAAACUGAUGAAUUAUGGGAGUCUAUGUCUGAAGUAAGUGGUGUCAAUGUCAAAGAGGUUAUGGACACUUGGACAUUACAGAUGGGUUUGCCAGUCGUUAAUAUCAUGCGCCUGGACCAAGAGAUGGCGACCGCUGACCAGAAACGUUUUCUUAUCUACCCUGGUGCCAAACACCACCAUAAUUCGCCUUUCAAUUAUAGCUGGAACAUACCCCUGACGUAUAUAACACAGAAGGACAGUAAAAGUGUUCAAGUUUGGAUGAACCGAGGAAGUGCUUCAAUCAAGUGGCCCAAGACAUCAGGUUGGAUAAAAGCUAAUGUUGAUCAGAUUGGAUAUUACAGAGUUAACUAUGAAAAAAGCAACUGGGAAGGUCUUGUCAACCAGCUCAACAUAGACCACGUUGCAUUGAAUGCUGCUGACCGAUCCGGACUGAUUGAUGACGCUUUUCAUUUAGCAAGGAGUGAUCAACUCGAGCACGCUGUAGCCUUGGACAUGACAGUUUACAUACAACACGAGACGGAAUAUACUCCUUUGAUAACCUUCUUACGAAACAUGGCGUACAUUGGUAACCAGUUUAUACUUCGAAAGUCUUUUGACGUCUUGAAGACGUAUAUGUUACAACAGCUUCAGCCAUCCAUAGAGCGACUAGGAUGGGAUGACAAAGGAACCCACUUGAAAAAACUCCUGAGGCCAGAGAUUCUGUCGGCAGCCUGUGAUUAUUCAGACCAAACUAUUAUCUCCAAAGUCAAGACCAAGUUUAAACUCGCUAUGGAAGGAAAAGAGACAAUUCCAACAAAUCUUCGCUUUCUAGUAUAUUCUAUUGGUGUCCAAGAGGGUGGCGAAGAAGAAUGGAAUCAAGUUUUUGACAAGUACUUUACAACUCACAUCGCUUCUGAUAAACGUAUUCUGCUGGAAUCUCUUUCGUAUACGAGAAAUCCACGAAUGAUACAAAGAUGCUUGAACUAUUCACUGGACAAGGCGAAAAUCCCUUCCCAAGACACACUCUCAGUUAUAAGUGGAUUGGCUUCCAAGCCCAAGUCCUGGCGAAUGGCCUGGAAUUUUGUACGUCAAAACUGGCAAUUCAUUUACAAAAGAUACAGUCGCGGAUCCGAUGAAUGGCCAACAUUAAUAACAUCCCUGAUGUUCAAAUGUAACACGCAAGUCCAAUUAAACGAGGUUAUGAACUUUUUCAAAGACUAUUUGCCGACUGAAGCGGCGUAUCGACAGGUUCAAAUGGGAAUAGAACAAAUACACGCCAAUAUUCUUUGGCUCAGUCGACACGAAGAGGAAGUGACUCGAUGGCUACAACAACACGUUAAAAUUUGACAGGAUUUAUUAAAACGCAUAAAAAAUUAAAAUUAUAAGAACAAGAACUUAAUACUUUACACCAAAUAAGUUGAUUGAUGGAACAUCAUGUUCAGUUUGAAUGCCAGGUUUUUGGCAUUUUGACUUAAAUCGGCGUGUGGGAAGUCG